CGAGGAAAUAAUCGACUAACCUCAAAAACACGUUAAACACGACUAAUAGGCUAAUAGGGGAAUAGGCACCUUAAUUUAAAGGAAAAAACGUAACGAAACUCUUUCUACAGGCGGCUGUUGUGUUGUUUUCUGUUACAUUUCUUGAACUAUUACAAACUCUACAGAAUUUUCAUCAUCGAAAUGAUGAGUAGUGAUGAUGAGUUCAUGAUGAGUAGUGAUGCGCCACCACCAAGGCAUCGCCCGACCAGAGUGGAAAAGCUACAACACAAAAUAUGGAUGCUCGAAGAAUUGAACAAACGCCAAGUAGAAAUUAUUGAAGAGCUACGAAGUCGGCCACAGAUUGCCUCGGAUGAGGCAAUGGAGUAUAAAAGACAAGCAGAAAUGUACAAAAAAUUCUACAUAAAAGCAGUGGAGGAAAGAGAGGAGUUCAGGGAAUAUCUUCUGGAGUACUUCUCCCCGUCGUCCAACUCGCAUGCUCCUGAUGGAGAUGAUGAUCCUCCAAGUGAUUGCACCAGAGAUAACUCCCCCCCGCUGCCUAAUGAUGCUGCUCCUGAUGGGGAUGAUGAUCCUGAUCACUGCAAUAAUCAUGAAACAACCCUGUCACCACCGGCCCUACCAUUGGGCAAUAUAAAUGAUCUGAUGGUUGCUGAAGAACAAUCAAAAGAUACGGAAUUCAGACCAUAG